CUGAUGUGUCCAUUAGACGGAGAGCUCUCGAGCUAAGUUUUGCACUUGUUAACUCCAACAACAUCCGGACAAUGAUGAAGGAAUUGCUAGUGUUUCUGGAUAAAGCUGACCCUGAGUUCAAAGCCCAGUGCUCAUCCAGCAUCGUUCUAUCAGCAGAGCGCUUUUCUCCAAAUAAGCGCUGGCAUUUAGACACAUUACUCAAAGUGCUUGUGGCGGCUGGUAACUAUGUCAGGGACGAUGUGGUGUCAUGCACAAUCCAGUUGGUCUCAGAGUCAACAUCACAGCAGGGCUACAUUGUAGAGCAACUGUGGCAUGCGCUCGAGCAAGACACAAUGGACCGGCAACCACUGACACAAGUUGCCACUUGGUGCAUUGGAGAAUAUGGGGAUCUGCUUCUGUAUGGACCUUCGGCCAGUGAAGACAAUGCCAUCAGGGUGAGUAUCAAAAAGUGAAGGGAUCAAUUGUUU